AUGCAUUUGAUACCGAGCCUCAUUCUCCUUUUCGUGGGCCUAGCCACUGCCCAGUUCCAGUUCUUCGAGCAAUUCUUCCAGGGAGGCCAGCAAGGUCAGCAGGCUUCUCAAGACAAGCAGAAUGUCCCCAGCGAUUCCAGCUGGUAUCGCCAGAAUUGGGAAGGAGCGACAUGCUCGAACUAUCUUUGUCCCGAUACUCUGGCUUGCGUUCAUUUUCCACAUCAUUGCCCUUGCCCUCAUCCAGACGUGGAGGACAAGGUUGAGCUAGGUGAAGGUAUUGCUGUCUGCGCCAGCAAGGGCGGCUACAAAGUCGGCGAGACAAUCCGUAAAAUCGAAUUGGCGAGAAAAGCGCUCAUCUAA